AUAUCAAAAUUGUUUUUUUUUUUUUUCACCCACCAUUUUUUCUCAUUUUCACUUCACCUUUUACUUUCAUUUGAAGAUCUCUCUCUCUGUAACUCUCUCUCUCUCUCUCUCUCUCUCUCUCUCUCUCUCUCUCUCUCGUGUUCUUUCUGUCUCUAAUGUAAAUAUCAUUUUCCACCCUUUUCAAAAAUAUCUCUCCCAUUCUCUCUCUCUCUUUCUCUCUAUGCUUAAACCUCAAUGCUAUUAUUCUCAUUAUUCACUCUCCAUUUCUCUUCAACUUCAAAACCCACUUCUUACUUUUCUCUAAUUCUCCCAAAGAUUCAAUCUUUUCUACUAUUUCAAGCUACUUUAGCUUGAACUUCGUACUGGGCUAUUCUCAAUUUGUCGAAAUAACAUUUUUUUUUUCUUAAUUGUUUUUUUUUUGGGGGGUUCUAGAUUCAGGAGGAACUGGGUGUGAGAUGAAACUUAGCUAUAUACGGCGGUGUCUUAGGCAUAUGUGCAAACAAAAUUGAAUUCAAAGGAAGUUAGUGAUUACUCAAAAUUCCCGAAUGAGAUGCAGUCAACCUUCUUUCUGCUGAAAUGAAGAACUUGAAGAAUACCGAAGAAUUGCAGUCAUCAACUCAAGCUUCUCAUGAGCCCAAGAGUGAACAACCUAACAAUCACACAACUGAUGCUCCCGUCGCAGACUCAGGAUCAGCAUCUGCUUCAAGCAAUGAUAGCAAAAAGGUUUCACGGCAGGAUAUUGAGCUUGUCCAGAAUUUAAUAGAAAGGUGCCUGCAAUUAUAUAUGAAUAAAGAUGAAGUGGUUAAAACACUACUGACUCGGGCAAAGAUAGAUCCCGGAUUUACAACUCUCGUGUGGCAGAAGUUGGAAGAAGAGAAUGCUGAUUUCUUCAGGGCUUACUAUGUUAGACUAAAGUUGAAAAAGCAGAUACUUUUAUUCAAUCAUUUACUUGAGCAUCAAUAUCAUCUCAUGAAGUGUCCUAUGCCUCCAAAGGUUCCAUUGGCUCCAAUACAGAAUGGAAUCCAUCCUAUGCCUGUCAACAAUCUACCUAUGGGAUAUCCAGUGCUACAGCAGCAUCCUAUUCCAGCUGCAGGUCAGCCUCAUAUUGACUCCAUGGGUAUGUCAAGUUGUCAUGUGGUUAAUGGAGUCCCUGCACCGAGCAAUUUUCAUCCCAUUCGGAUGAAUUCCGGGAAUGAUAUGGUGAUGGACCACAAUGCUUCUGAUAUGGCCCCUAUUCUUCCACAAAACGGUACAAUGUCAUCCGUCUCAGAAAUGCCAGUGAGUCCAACAUCAGUAGCAUCAAGCGGUCAUUUUCCUUUCACAGCAUCAGAAAUAUCAGGAAUGGGCACAGAUGCAUCGGUUCUUGAUUCAGCAUUUACAUCUGAUGUGGCAAGUUCAGUAGGACUACAGCUUGCACCGGAUGGUGGAAACGGGAUUUCUAGAUCGUUGGAUCAAAUUCAGUGGAAUUUUAGCCUAUCAGAUUUAACCGCAGAUUUGCCAAACUUGGGAGAUCUAGGAGCUUUGGGAAACUAUCCGGGUUCGCCAUUUUUGCCGUCUGAUUCAGACAUGUUGCUUGAAUCUCCAGAUCAACAGGAUAUAGUGGAUGACUUCUUUGUUAAUUCUGAGCCUCCGUGCUCUCAAUCCGACGAGGAAAAACCUAACACUUAAGGCGAGGCAAGUUGCUUAUUCCACAUUAAUUCAUAGGUUAGGGAGAAAAAAUGUAGGAUUAAUAAAUGUCAUCAUCUAGCUUACUUUGCAUACAGACUUUACUGUUACCAAAGUUUAGGCAGCAUUAUCUUUUUAUAUAUUUCAUUUCAUUACUGUGGAAAUUUGAAUGUCAAUUGUUACAUUUAGUUGUAAUCUUUUUGCAUUCUUUUGAGAUAUAUCUAUUAUCAGGGACAGGUGAGGACACAGUGUUUAGAAUGUAAUUCAUUUGAUGCAUUUGGAUAUAUAUAAUUUUAUAUAUUGCUUGGA